AUGGAACUAAUAUUUCCUUCAAAUUUUAAAGUCUUACAUUCUUACCCUGAUAUGACAUUAACGUAUUCGAAGAUGGGCACAGCUUCUUCUGAUCAUACGGAUGAGUCUAUCAUCAGCGAUAAUUCUUCGAAUAAUGGAAAAACAAAAUCAAAAAUGUCGUCUUAUCGCACUGAAGAAUUUGCCGAUGUCGCUAUUGUUACAGCAAAAUACAUGAAGGAGAAAGAUCGCAAAGUUUCAACAGGAACUUUGAAUCGUCUUAUACUAGUAGCCCAGGCAUUGGAAUCUGAAGUCGAUAGCCGCCGUCAAACGGACAUUUCCGGUGGCAAAAUCACGCUAUCUCUUCGAAUGGCUAACAUGAUUCUGUUAAUUCUUAUCAAUAUACUGAUUUUCACUGGAUUUGGAAAAUACCAAGAGCCACGGGAUAGCGGCUAUAGAGAUCUAUUAUUAACUGCCGAUAAAUGGACGUUUGAAUCAUUUCCAUCUGAUUUGCCAGAUACUUUCAAUUUAAUGCAAUUGAAUGGACAGUAUCUGGCAGCCGCAAUUUCUGUUUCAUUGCUGAUUUCAACGACAGGUCUCCAGAUUUUCCAUUUAUGUCGUUCACCUUCCUCUCGGAUAACAAGCAUGUGCUAUUCGUUUGGGGCUGUCCCAUUCUCGUUGUUCGUUUUCGGGUUGGAAAUGCAUUACAGCACUUGUCCCUGGGUCGAUGAAUAUUAUCUGAGGUUUUCUGUUUCUGAUAUGAGUGCUCAAUGUGCAAUCAAUGGAUGGGCUCUUGCAGGGAUAUUCUCUCUGCUUUCUUGUGGCUUAUUUGUGAGUGAAGGUUUGAUCACAGCUUUUUUCCGUCCUGAAACAGUUUCUCGGAAAGAGACAAUCCUGUGA